AACCAAGUUAGUAAUAUCCUUGAGACAAAAUGGGUAUCCGCCAAAAGCUUCUCUCGUUUCUCUUUUCUCAGCUGAUUCUUGUUCUUAUGGUCUCAAACCAUAACAAUGCAAUGGGGUUGAAACUCGGGUAUUAUCACAAGACCUGCCCUAAUGCAGAGUCGAUUAUCAGUAAAACAACUUAUCGAUUCAUUUCUCGAGCACCAACUCUUGCCGCUCCUUUGCUCAGGAUGCAUUUCCAUGAUUGCUUCGUUAGAGGGUGUGAUGGUUCAGUGCUUCUAAAUUCCACAAAGACUAGCAUAUCUGAGAAAGAUGCAAUCCCCAACCAAAGUUUACGAGGAUAUCAUGUGAUCGACGCUGUCAAGUCUGCAGUGGAAGAAGCAUGCCCUGGUGUGGUUUCCUGCGCUGAUAUCCUUGCCUUAGUAGCUCGAGAUUCGGUUUCAAUGAUCCAUGGACCCUAUUGGAAAGUUCCACUUGGACGAAGAGAUGGAAGAGUUUCCAUCUUGAAUGAGGUCUUCGCAGAGUUGCCUGCUCCUUUUGCCAACAUUACACAACUAAAACAAAUGUUUGCUGCUAAAGGUCUAAACACCAAAGAUCUAGCAGUUCUAUCAGGAGGACACACUAUUGGAACAUCUCAUUGCCUAGGAUUCACCAACCGUCUCUACAACUUCACUGGCAAAGGUGACACAGACCCAUCAAUGGAUCCAAACUACAUAGUUAAACUGAAGCAAAAAUGCAAGCCUAGGGACACCACAGCACUGGUGGAGAUGGACCCUGGAAGCUUUAAAACCUUCGACGAAGCUUACUACACUCUGGUAGCUAAAAGAAGAGGGCUUUUCCAAUCUGAUUCAGCCCUUCUCGAUGAUCCAGAGACCAAAGCUUAUGUCAUACUUCAAGCUUCCACCCAUGGAUCUACCUUUGCCAAAGAUUUUGCCGAGUCUAUGGUGAAGAUGGGUCAGGUUGGAGUCCUCACUGGCAAUCAAGGUGAAAUCAGGAAGCACUGUGCUUUGGUGAACUAAUUGAAAACUGAAAACUCACUUUUUUUAAUUGAUAAUUAUUGUUUAUUUUUGUGGCAUCUUAAUUAAAUUAUUAAUGCGAGUGUUUGACCAGAAUAAAAACUUGUAUCGGAAUGAAUUUGCAUCCAAGUUUUGUUGUUUGUGUUACAAGUUUAUUUGUAUGGCUCUUCAAAUUGCGGCCAUACUUCUAGUCGAAUUGUAAGGAUUUCUCUAUAAUUUUCCAAUUGAAUAAAA